AUGGUGAAAACCGAGAUAGCCGCAGUUUGGUGCAGGGGAAACCGGAUAUCGAAGAAGCUAGUAUCGAUGGUUGCCCCUCUACCUUGCUUCAGUCUGCUCAUCUGCUCAAGCGAGAGAAUGCUGGGGGUGUUAGACCAUGCAAUCUUUUGUGUGAAAGGGGAGAAGGUGCCCAGGGAGACUUUGUUGAUGGGAUGGAGGUCACUGAGCAAGCUGGAGGCUCAAACCACCAAUGAUUGGCCCUCGCCCUUAUCAAUUUCCCCAUCAAUGAAUAUAUUAUUUUGGAACUGCAGAGGGGCUUUGAACCCUCGUUUUCAAAGUGUGUUGGCUGAUCUGGUCAAUGCCCACUCCCCUUCCAUUGUUAUCAUAACGAAAACUAGAGUGGGUGGUGCUAGAGCUAAGGAAGUUACGGACAGGCUCCCAUUUGAUAGAGCCAUUCACUCUGAUACUAUCGGCUACUCCGGCGGUAUUUGGGUGUUAUGGAACUCUAAUGCUGUGGAGGUUACCCUCCUGACGAAAACAGAGCAAGAGAUUCAUGUGGUGGUCAAGGGUAUUCUGAGGGACUCGUGGGCUGAUGAUUUACGCCUUAAACCAAAUGUGGACAAGUUUACAACUGAUGUCAAGAUUUGGAAUAAGGAAUUGAGGAAGGAAUACUUUGAAAUUCUCCAGCAAGAAGAAGAGUUUUGGUCUGUGAAGUCUAGGUAUAAUUGGCUUAUUCAAGGGGAUAGGAACACUAAAUUCUUCCACACUUCUGCUGUUAUUAGACAGAAGCGUAACAGGAUUUCUUGCCUUAUGGAUAGCCUUGGUAACUGGGUGCAUAAUGAAGGGGAUAUUGUUGCCUUGCUCAGAAACGGGUAUCAAGAUCUUUUUUCUUCCAGUGCUACUAGUGCCCCGAGAGCCGUUUGGGAUAUCCCUACUUGGCCACUCUGUGUGCCUGUUGAGGAUUCAGGGCAACUGAUAUCGGAAAUCAAUAUCUUAGAAGUUAAGGAGGCUCUUUGGAGUAUGAAGCCGUUCAAAGCCCCUGGGCCCGAUGGGUUACAUGCUGGCUUUUUCCAAAGGUAUUGGAGUAUUGUGGGUGAAAUUGUUUUCGGAGAAGUUAAGGAAAUUUUUGCAAAUUAUGCUAUGCCCCCUCACCUCAAUGAAACUCUUAUCACCCUCGUUCCUAAAUGUCCAGGAGCUGAUUCCAUUGGGUUGUUUAGGCCUAUUAGCCUUUGUAACACCAUCUACAAGGUGGUCACCAAAAUGAUUGUCAGGAGGCUUAGACCGCUUCUGCCUAGUCUUAUUUCCCCUCUUCAAACUGCUUUUGUUCCUGGCAGAUUGGGGGUGGAUAAUAUGAUUAUUGCUCAAGAAAUCAUUCAUACCAUGAGUCUUAAGAGGGGUAAAGUAGGUUACAUGGCGAUUAAGAUAGACUUGGAAAAAGCCUAUGAUAGACUUGAAUGGCAUUUCAUCCGAGAUAUCCUCCUUCUGUACAAGUUUCCUCAUCAGCUUGUUAAACUUAUCAUGAGUUGUGUCUCCUCACCUUCCAUCUCUGUGCUUUUUAAUGGUGGGAAAUUAGACCCUUUCUUGCCCUCUCGUGGAAUUAGGCAAGGAGACCCUAUGUCUCCUUACCUAUUUAUUUUGUGUAUGGAGAUGUUGGGUUAUCUUAUUUCAGAAAAAUGUGAGGCAAAGCUUUGGGACCCUGUGAAAGCCUCAAGGAAUGGUCCUGCUUUCUCUCAUCUAUUCUUCGCAGAUGAUUUGGUUUUAUUUGCCAAAGCUGACUUGAAGAAUUGUUGCCAUGUUAGAGAAGCACUUGACACCUUUUGUGACCUGUCUGGACAGAAAGUGAGCCUUCACAAGUCUAAGGUCUACUUUUCCCCCAAUGUUAGCCAAAGUACUAGGGUAGAUUUGAGUGAUGUUUUGGGUUUUAGCUCAACUCCAAAUUUGGGUAAGUACCUGGGUUUCCCCUUAAAACACCCGGGUUCAACCUCUCAAGAUUUUAACUUCAUUAUUGAAAGAGUCCAGGCGAAGCUCCAAGGUUGGAAAGCAAAUAUGUUGUCUAUGGCAGGAAGAGUUAUUCUGUCUCAAUCGGUUAUUUCGGCUACCCUUUCAUAUGUAAUGCAAGGUUGUGUCCUGCCGGCCAGGGUACUUAACCACCUUGAUAGAACUAAUAGAGACUUCUUAUGGGGAGCUAGUGAAUUGGGGAAGAAAAUGCACAUGGUGAGCUGGUCUAAGAUUGUUAAGCCUAAGGUAAGAGGUGGCUUGGGCAUCCAGGAGGCCAAGGGAAGAAACCUUACUCUUGCAACAAAACUCUACAGAAGAAUGACUAGGAGUAGAGGUGCGGGCUGGGCUGAGGUUCUUCAUAAGAAAUAUCAGUGCCAAAGGCAACUUAAGAAAGGAAGGCAAUCCCGUGUGUGGGCUGCUGUGGAAAAGGGGAAGGUUAUCUGUGAUAGAGGAGCAAAAUGGACUAUUGGUAGUAGCAGUAAUCUCAAUCUCUGGCAUGAUAAGUGGCUUAGUGCAGGUAUAUUGAGAUCUUUAGUUGAAGGGCCACUGGGAAGAGGAGAGGACAAAUUGAUGGUUAAGGAUGCUAUCACUAAUGGUAUCUGGGAUCUGCAGAUGUUAUCCAUUUCGCUAAGUCCAGAUAUACAAAAUGCUAUUGAGGCGACCACGCUUAGAAGAAUCUCGGUGAGGGAGGACCAGUUGAGCUGGAUUUUGAGCAUUAAUGGUGAUUUUGAUCCAAGAAAUGCUUACCUGUUGGCUGUUGGAGAAGACCUGAGUGCCAACGAUUUUCAUGGUAAGUGGGCCCAACCUUCCUUCACUGGUGACCUUGCGGACUGGCUCCACAUUAAUGCCCACUGCCCACGCCAGGCCACUCACAAGGACUACCCGUGGAAGUGUUUCUUUUUGUUUAGGAUCUGGAACCUUUGGCUGCAUCGCAACCGUAAGGCUUUUAAGCAGCAGGAAGCAAACCACAACCUUGUCCAGGCCGUGGAGAUGCAAGUUAGGGAGUUCUUUUACUGUGUGGCAAACCAGGAGGAGAUAAAGAACAAAAUAGUUAAGCAAGUUAGAUGGUCCAAGCUUGAAUUUGGGUGGUUCAAGUUGAAUACGGAUGGCUCAUUUAGUAAAGAAGGUGCUUCAUUGGGUUGUGGUGGUUUGCUCAAGGAUAGUAAUGGGCUGUGGAUUAGGGGGUUUGCAAAGGCAAUGAUGGUCAGUUCUAGUAUAGCAGUUGAAAUGUGGGCGCUUAGGGAGGGGCUCACUCUUUGUUUGGAUUUGAAGACCCAGGUAGUAGAGAUCGAACUUGAUGCAACUGCAGCAAUUUCAUUUAUCUCUGGUGAUAGCAACACUAAUGGGGACCUCUCGGGUCUUGUUGAUGAUUGCAGGUACCUGUUGCUGCAACUGCCUCAAGUUAGGAUUCUACAUUGUUACCGCGAGGCAAACGCUUUGGCUCAGAUGGGAGCUGCUGGUGAUGGUGGAGAUUGUAUUUUUGUUUCCCCUCCCCAUACUGUUAUCCCUCUUUUGAAUUUUGAUUUCCUAGGCAAGCACCGUGAUAGGCUUGGCCCCUCUGAUUGUAGAACUUUUAUUUCUUAA